GUGUUCUGGAAGGGUGACGUGGCGCUAGGCCGCGCUAUGAAAGGGCGGGAGGCGUCGACGGCGUCGCAGAGUUCGCAGCUGAGUGAGACGGAGCAGCAGGAAAAGCGCGCGGAUUGAGCUGAGGAGGCCGUGGGUGGUGAAUCUGAGACAGUUGACGUCACACCGCACCUCGACAGCAUCGACAAGCGAGCCGAGCCAAUCCUCCGUUAUCGGCAAACCGCUUCUCCUUUCCAACAUCAACUUUCUCGACCUCAUCGGCAGCAAAGGGCAGCGAUAGGAUGGCGUCCAAGGGAAUUGCGGUGGGCAUCGACCUGGGCACGACCUACUCGUGCGUCGCCGUGUUCCAGCACGGCAAAGUGGAGAUCAUCGCCAACGACCAGGGCAACCGCACGACCCCCUCGUACGUGGCCUUCAACGACUCGGAGAGGCUCAUUGGCGACGCCGCCAAGAACCAGGUGGCCAUGAACCCCUCCAACACCGUCUACGACGCCAAGCGGCUCAUCGGCAGGCGCUUCGACGAUACUAUCGUGCAGAGCGACAUGAAGCACUGGCCCUUCACGGUGGUGAGCGACGGUGGCAAGCCCAAGGUUCAAGUGGAGUACAAGGGCGAGGCGAAGACAUUCUUCCCGGAGGAGAUCUCCUCCAUGGUGCUCACCAAGAUGAAGGAGAUUGCCGAGGCCUACCUGGGCAAGUCUGUGAACAAUGCGGUCGUCACGGUCCCCGCCUACUUCAACGACUCCCAGCGCCAGGCCACCAAGGACGCGGGCACCAUCGCCGGCCUCAACGUGCUGAGGAUCAUCAACGAGCCCACAGCGGCCGCCAUCGCGUACGGCCUCGACAAGAAGGUGGGCGGCGAGCGCAACGUGCUCAUCUUCGACCUGGGCGGCGGCACCUUUGACGUCUCCAUCCUGACCAUCGACGACGGCAUCUUCGAGGUGAAAUCGACGGCGGGCGACACCCACCUGGGCGGCGAGGACUUCGACAACCGCAUGGUGAGCCACUUCACCGAAGAGUUCAAGCGCAAGCACCGCAAGGACCUGUCAGGAAACAAGCGCGCCGUGCGGCGCCUGCGCACGGCGUGCGAGCGCGCCAAGCGCACGCUGUCGUCGAGCACGCAGGCGAGCAUCGAGAUCGACUCGCUGUUCGAGGGCAUCGACUUCUACACGUCGGUGACGCGCGCCCGCUUCGAGGAGCUCAACUCGGACCUCUUCCGAGGCACGCUGGACCCCGUGGAGAAGGCCAUGAGGGACGCCAAGCUCGAUAAGUCGCAGAUCCAGGAUCUCGUGCUGGUGGGCGGUUCGACGCGCAUCCCCAAGAUCCAGAAGCUGCUGCAGGACUUCUUCAACGGCAAGGAGCUCAACAAGAGCAUCAACCCCGACGAGGCGGUGGCCUACGGCGCCGCCGUGCAGGCCGCCAUCCUCACGGGCGACAAGUCGGAGAACGUGCAGGACCUGCUGCUGCUCGACGUGGCGCCGCUUUCGCUCGGCAUCGAGACGGCCGGCGGCGUCAUGACCCCGCUCAUCAAGCGCAACAGCACCAUCCCCACCAAGCAGACCCAGGUCUUCACGACGUACGCGGACAACCAGCCGGGCGUGCUGGUGCAGGUGUACGAGGGUGAGCGCGCCAUGACCAAGGACAACAACAUCCUGGGCAAGUUUGAGCUCACGGGCAUCCCGCCGGCGCCACGCGGGGUGCCGCAGAUCGAGGUCACCUUCGACAUUGACGCCAACGGCAUCCUGAACGUGGCUGCCGCGGACAAGAGCACGGGCAAAGAGAACAAGAUCACCAUUAACAACGACAAGGGCCGCCUCAGCAAGGAGGAGAUUGAGCGCAUGGUGUCGGACGCAGACCGCUACAAGUCUGAGGACGACGCUCAGCGCGAGAGGGUCUCCGCCAAGAACUCGCUCGAGUCGUACGCGUUCAACAUGAAGAGCGCCAUGAGCGAGGAGGGCGCCAGCCAGAAGAUCGGCGACGACGACCGCAAGCGCGUGCUCGACAAGUGCACCGAGGCGCUCGACUGGCUCGACAAGAACCAGACGGCCGAGACGGAGGAGUUCCAGCACCAGCUGAAGGAGCUGGAGAAGGUGUGCACCCCCGUCGUCACCAAGAUGUACCAGGGCGCCGGUGGUGCCGGCGCUCCGCCGGGAGGCUUCCCCGGGGGGCCCACGCCCGGCGGCGGGGGAGCACAGUCCGGCUCGGGGUCGGGGCCGACGAUCGAAGAGGUGGAUUGAGGUGGUGAGUUGGUGGGUGGAGGAGGUGGUGAGAAUGUGAGAAUGGAUUGGUGGAUGAGUGGCUUGCCCAAGAAGGUGGUGGUGGUGAGGAGGUGAAUUCGAUUUGGUUUUUGGGAGUUUGAAAUGUAACCUUUGUAACUAUUGAGUUGCGGGAUAAUAUCUCAAGUUGGACUCCGUUGUAGGAAAUUCCAUUUGAAAUCGUAAUUGAACCGGUGUGGACAUAAACUCCGCACUGUAACAACAACGACAAACCAAAUCGCCGUACAGAUUGUAAGUGAUCCAGAUCGAACUGCGGAUCGUAAUAAGUUAAAGCUUUUCCUGAUGUUUUAUAUAUUAAUAUAUAGCCGUAUCAGAGAUUCUAUUAAUGUGAGGGUGCCACUCAUCAAUAUGUGUACAUGGGAAUGUGUGGUGGCUUCAGGUUUCUGGGAAGUUGUUGCCCUCAAUUUUGCGUAAAAAUCGACAGCUGAGACGAUGUAUUCACAAGGGGACAGGGCCCCUCUACUGCUUGUGUGUUGACUCGUGAACUCUCCAAUUGCUUCGGGCUACUCGGUGAAUACCGAGAGAUUCCCCUUCUAAACUCGAGAGGCGGCUGCGGUGGGGAGUGCCGUAAUCUCGGAAAUUACAACGUUGAGUUUUGAGUGGCAAUGAUCCACAUCUCGGUAUUCUUAAAUGAAUAAUAAAGACUUGGGUGGGUGAGGAGAAAAAAAUAUCUUAUUUGCUGACAGUAUAAUAUAUUGCUUUUUGGGGUCUAUCGAUUUGCUUUUACAUCCUUGUGUGUGUGUGAUGCGUAAUUACCGCUUUCUGACUGCAAGCCGCUUGGGAAAGUUUUCGGUGCGCUUUCAACUCGUUAAUAAAGUUAGCCGUUAACAGGCUGUUUUGGGAGAGGCAAACGCUGUUUGUGAUGUGUGCCACCCUUGUAACGUGGGAGAACACGGUGACUCGUAGCAUGGUCAAGGGGGUGGUUCUAUCAGCUGGUGUGAUUCGUCGUAGAGUUGUGGAGUCAAAGCUACGCAAAUGAUCUGGCACAAAAGUGUGUAUCGUUAGGGACCGUCCAUCAUCCAACUGGGGCCGAUCAAAUCGUCGCGCGGUGUGUAGGCGUUUUUUUAACGGCCCGGUAAAUACAACAAAAAUAGUUUGUUUUUUAUUCGGCGGGGCUGGAUUAGCCCACUGGCUUAACGAGGCCUUAGGCCCUCCGUUCCGUGUUGACGGCGAGCGAUGACAUAAUUUGUGACUGCCACAGCCAGCGGGACAAAAGUUAGUUUGAAUAAAGUAGCGUGUCGAGUGAUUUAAUGUUUGAUUACAUUUACCUUGAGUCGAAUAAAUAUUACUUUUUUUACAGAGGAAAAUUAAUAAGUAUGUUUGACUUAAUUUUGUUGGCAGUAUAUAAUACAUAGGAACGUCACACCUGUUAACCUUAGGCCUCUCUUCUUAACCUUGCUCUGGUAUUAGAACACAUUGGGCCAGAUCAUUAUUACGUGUCAUGAAUGCUUUUUUGCAUGUUAAGAAUAUUUUUGAAUGUAAAAUGCACUGUGUACACAGUAUACACACACAGUUUUGAUGUUAACAAGUGACUGUUGUGCUAUAUGAGUUAAAAUGUUUUUUUUUGUAUAUUUUUUAUGCCACUUUAUUUUGCGAACGAUUCUUGGAUUGUGGAAGAAAAAAAAAGUUGUUUCCUGUGAAAUCCAAUAAAGUAAAAAAAUGCUCUGAAA